AUGCACUCUUCCAUCUUGUACCGUCUGCUGGCAUUUGGUCUGCCCGUCGCGCUGGCCGCUGCCGCUUCCGACGACUCCAAGGCCAAGAAGGAGAACCACGUACCCUGCACCAUCCGCUCACCAACAUCCGGCGCCUUCUUCGACCUCAACCCUAUACACGUUAUUCUUCCCGAAGAUCCCAAGAAAGCGAGCAAAGACGCGCGAAACGAGUCUUGGUCUGCUCGUGGCUACGACUACGGCGCAAACUUUACCCUCAACUUCUGCGGUCCCAUAGUCGAGAAUCUUACAAACGUUGUUGGUGUUGAUGAGGCGAGGUGGCAGAAUGUCAGCGCUUUCUACAUGUUGGACGGCAAGACAUACAGCAUAGGACAACAAAGCUCCGAGCCCGUCUUCCGCGGUCGCAAGCUCGUCUUGAACUACACUGAUGGAUCACCAUGCCCAGAAACUCCUGUAUCCUCUCUCAGCGCACGUGGAAUCAUUGGCGACGACGACGAUGAUGAUGAUGAUGAUGACGACAAGGACGACAAAGACCACAAGGACAAGGACGACGAUGACAAGAAGAGCAGAAAGGGAGGCAGCAAGGAGCCCUCGACCCACCUUACCCGUCGCAAGAACACAAUCAUCUCUCUACUCUGCAACACCGAUCCUCUGGCCCCUCUCAACACCGUCUCCUUUGUCGCUUCUCCCGAUAGCUGCACCUACAUCUUCGAGGCCCGCUCUUCGGCAGCCUGCGGAGGUAUCGAGGUUGCCAAACAGCAGCUCGGCCCCAGCGGCGUUUUCGGCGUCAUCGCCUUGAUCGCCGUCAUAGUAUACGUUGUCGGUGGUUGUGUAUACCAACGCACCGUCAUGCACCAGAGAGGUUGGAGGCAGUUGCCAAACUACUCGCUCUGGGCAGGCAUUGCCAGUUACAGCCGGGUAGGCAGCAACUUCAACAACGGCUCCAGCGCCGGAAGACGCGGCCGCUCAAAUUCGGACGACGAGAACAGAUUGAUCGAUCAACUGGAUGAGGAGUGGGAAGACUAG